CACCUAAGAGAUUUUUUUGUUUUAAAAGUUGUGAAGAAACACUGGAGAAUUAUGAAAAUCACAUUUUUCUUUGCUGUAUUGUUCCUACUGGAUUUCUUCACUUUCUUUCAUGCUUAUCUGCAAUAUCCCUUGCCUGACAUAGAAGAUGCAAAGUUCAUUGAAGAUUGUGUGAGAGCUCACAACACAUUUCGAUCCAAAGUGAAUCCACAAGCCAGCAAGAUGCUUCGCAUGUCCUGGGAUGCUGCUUUAGCUAAGACUGCCAAAGCAUGGGCAAAGAAGUGCAAGUUUGACCACAAUACCUACCUUAAAAUUCCAGGAAAAAUGCACCCCACCUUCCCAUUUGUUGGAGAAAACAUCUGGACUGGCACAGCCCACAUCUUCUCUGUGGAUGCAGCUCUCAAGUCUUGGUUUAAUGAAGUCAGUAGCUAUGAUUUCAGCACCAAUACAUGUACUGACAAGUGUGGUCACUACACUCAGGUCGUCUGGGCAGAGAGUUACAAAGUUGGCUGUGCAGUUCACUUCUGCAAUACAGUAGAAAAUCUUCCAGGACUGUUCAAAGCAGCACAUUUUGUUUGUAACUACGGGCCAGCGGGGAAUUACCCAAGAAAACCAUAUAAAGAAGGACAGCCAUGCAGUAGAUGCAGUAAUGAGAAGUGUGUAGACAAGCUCUGUGGUAAGACCAAAGUGAUCAAGUAAGAAAAUUGCAUAGAAAUAAAAGUGGCAUAAUUAGAGUGGAAAGACAAUGAGUCAAUUUGCACUAAGUG